AUGAGUCAGACAGAGACAAUAGAUGACAAGAGAAAGAAAAAAUAUAGCAGGGCAGGGUGUAUUGUAACAGGAUGUGUAGACACUACUAUGGAAGAUGACAAGUGUAAGGUGGGGCCCCUUGCUGUUGUUCUGGCAGAAAACAUUGUUGAGGCUGCACUGCUAGGCAUCAAUGUUGAUGAGAUCAUGAAGCAUAAGCAAAGGUCAACAGCACAAACUCAGACCAAUGAUGGUGGCAAUAACAUAGGCCAAAUAAUAGAUGACUAUCUCAGACCAUCUGCAAUUGCAUGUCACAUUGUGAAUGGUGUGACAUGUACAGUCCAAACACUGGGAACCACACUGAGCACAACCUCAAGGGGCUUCAAACCAGUCUCUAGGAUAGUAAUGCCAGGAGAAUAUCUUGAAACUGAGCAAAAGGAACUUUAA